AUGUCACAAAAUCCUGUAGAAUCUAGAGAUACCAAUGACCAUAAUCAAGCAGAACUCAAUGAUCUCAUAAAACAACUUAAAACUCAAGUCAAUCCACAAAACAAUCCCACCAUAAAUAACUAUUUUGAAACUUCCCUUCAAUACUUAAACGGGAUUUAUGAUAAAAUGGCCAAAAGUGAAGACCAAGAUAAGACGGCGCAUGAGAUUUCUGAAGAUUUGGUGGGCAAGUUGACCAACUGGGGUGCGGAAUUAAAACAAAAGGAAGAACUUAAGGAACUGAAAGAUAAGAAAGAUGAAGUUUAG